CCUCAUAUUGCUUUAGAGAAGUUUGUGUUCAAAAAGCAUCAUGCCUGAACCAGCAAAGUCCGCGCCUAAGAAGGGCUCCAAGAAGGCCGUCACGAAGACCGCCGGUAAGGGAGGAAAGAAGCGCAAGAGGUCCAGGAAGGAGAGCUACGCUAUCUACGUCUACAAAGUCCUGAAGCAGGUUCAUCCUGACACCGGCAUCUCUUCCAAGGCGAUGGGCAUCAUGAACUCUUUCGUCAACGACAUCUUCGAGCGCAUCGCCGGUGAGUCGUCUCGUCUCGCUCACUACAACAAGCGCUCCACCAUCACUUCUAGAGAGAUCCAGACCGCCGUGCGUCUGCUGCUGCCCGGAGAGCUGGCCAAACACGCCGUGUCCGAGGGCACCAAGGCCGUCACCAAGUACACCAGCUCCAAGUAGAGAUUCAACCGAGACUCUCAGCGACCCAAAGGCUCUUUUAAGAGCCACCCAACUUCUCCAUUAAAGAGCUUCUGUUUGUAGAAUCUGUUUAGAACUAAAUGUGAUGUAUCGAAAAUUCGAGUUGGAAAUAGGUGGACUUUCUAAACUCUCAUGAUUGUAACUUCAUGCACGUCUAAUCCAGAUAAACUAUGGCUGUUUGGAAUGACGUGGAUAAAGGAACAUAGUUUACAGUUUUGGACAAAUUAAUUUAAAUGCACAGCUGAAAUCUCAAUUUUAGCCCUCAAAUGUUGUUACAAAUCGUGUACUUUUAUUGCUGUUAAAGCACUUCAAGCUUGAGCUCAUUAAUAACACUUGCUCCAUCAUGAGAAAUCUGCAUAUUAAUGUGGAUCAAGUUUACUUUAUAAUCACAUGCUUUGUAAAUGCAUGAAGUUCAUUACUGUAGAUGGGAACAUUUGGGCCUAGUUAAGUUGACUUCUGAUUCUCAUAGUAAUAUUAUUUUAGUGAAAUUCACUUGUCAGGAGGGUGUUUUUACAAUAAAGUCUGAUAAAUCUU